AUGAAGGAUGUUCAAACAUAUCAAUAUUAUAGGAAUAGCAUAAGAAUACAAUCAGCUUAUAGGGUUCAACUUGAAGAAAAUGAUGUUCAUAUAGAAAUUGGUAAAAGCACAGGAAAAUAUACUACAUGUGAAAACUUAUCAACUGAUGUAAUAACAAAAUUAAAAGAUUUCCUUUGUAGAAAUAUUAAUAGUUUUGCUACUACUAUACAAGA